ACUUCCCCUGCGCUGGCUGUCCUGGCGGCUCAUCCAAGCGGACUCACUGAGCGACGCGGGCGGGCUAUGACACCAGGGGCGCUGCUGCUGCUGCUGCUGCUGCUGGGGGCGUUGGGGGCGCCGUUCGCCCCGGGCGCCCGCGGCUCGGAAGCGGAGGGCCGACUCCGUGAGAAACUUUUCUCGGGCUAUGAUAGCUCGGUGAGGCCGGCGCGGGAGGUGGGAGACCGCGUCGGGGUCAGCGUUGGUCUCAGCCUAGCGCAAUUAAUCAGCCUGAACGAGAAGGAUGAGGAGAUGAGCACAAAGGUCUACUUAGACCUGGAGUGGACUGACUACAGGCUGAGCUGGGACCCUGAGGAGCACGAGGGCAUCGAUUCACUCCGCAUCACUGCCGAAUCCGUGUGGCUACCAGACGUGGUGCUCCUAAACAACAAUGACGGAAAUUUUGAUGUUGCUCUGGACAUCAGCGUCGUGGUGUCCUCCGACGGCUCCGUGCGCUGGCAGCCCCCGGGCAUCUAUCGCAGCAGCUGCAGCAUCCAGGUCACCUACUUCCCCUUUGACUGGCAGAACUGCACCAUGGUGUUCAGUUCCUAUAGCUAUGACAGCUCAGAAGUCAGCCUGCAGACUGGCUUGGGUCCCGAUGGGCAGGAGCGGCAGGAAGUGCACAUUCAUGAAGGCACCUUCAUUGAGAAUGGUCAAUGGGAGAUUAUUCACAAGCCUUCUCGGCUAAUCCAGCCUCCAGUGGAUCCUAGGGGAGAGGGGGAAAGACGGCGUGAGGAAGUCACCUUCUACCUCAUCAUUCGCCGGAAGCCUCUCUUUUACCUGGUCAACGUCAUUGCCCCAUGCAUCCUCAUCACUCUUCUGGCCAUCUUCGUCUUCUACCUGCCACCAGAUGCAGGAGAGAAGAUGGGGCUCUCGAUCUUUGCCCUGCUGACCCUUACUGUGUUCCUGCUGCUGCUGGCAGACAAAGUGCCUGAGACCUCCCUGUCUGUCCCCAUCAUUAUCAAAUACCUCAUGUUUACCAUGGUCCUCGUCACCUUC